AUGCCGGAGCUGUGCGAUGGGCGUCUCGAUGAACUCCUGAAAGAAGCGGCUAGUCGCCUUGCGACGAAGCAGCCAUCGCGGCCCAAGGAUUGCACCUUGAUUGCCAUGAAGGCCGCGCCUGUUGGUCCAAAUUUGGAUUCAGAGACGCAGCCCAAGGCACAAGACUCGGAAAGCAUUAUGCUUCGCGAUCCUAGGCCAGCGGAGAAAAAGACUUCCAAAGAUGAUGCCGGCCCCGGUUGGUUUGGUAUGCCUAGGACGGAUCCCAAUGAUCCCGAGUUGAAGCGAGACCUCCAAAUCCUUCACAUGAGAGGAACUGCCAUUGAUUCCAAGCGGCACUACAAGAAGGAGUCUCUCAAGGCCAAGAUGCCUCGCUACGCUCAUGUUGGACGCAUUAUCGAAGGCCCGACCGAAUUCCACACCGCCCGCUUGACGCGUAAGGAGAGAAAGCAGACACUGGUGGACGAGUUAUUGAGCGCAGAAAAGUUCUCUGGCAAGUUCAGGUCUAAAUAUGAAGCGAUCCAGGCGAAGAAGGCGAGCGGCAAGAAGGCGUUUUACAAGAAAUUGGUUGAACGUCGUCGGCGCAACCGCCAGUAG